AUGGCUACCUCAAACCAUCUCCUCCUCUUCCUCCUCCUCACCGCCACCACCGUCGUCUCUUCCCCCGCAUACGAUCUUCCGUCGCAACACGCAGACAGAAUCAUCGAAGCGAUGAUCGGAGCCGGAGAUCUCCGUGAAUGGGCGGCCGAUUUCCUCUCCUCCGUCGACGACCAGUUCGGAAUCCCUCUCUCCGCCACCAUUUUCAUCCCCAGCGAUUUCGACCCAACCGACAUCUCCUCCUCCAUCACCGGCUCUGCUUCCGGUCGCCAAUCCGUCGCUUACCACAUCGUUCCUCAACGUCUCUCGUUCGCCGAUCUCCGUCUCUUAGAACCUCUCUCUCGCCUUCCAACUCUCCUCCCCGGGCACUCGAUCGUCGUCACUAACAACUCUGUUUCCGGUUUUACUCUCGACGGCGUUCUCGUCUCCGAGCCAGAUCUCUUCCUCUCUUCCUCGAUUGCAAUUCACGGUGUCGCUUCGCCGCUUGAUCUCUCUCGUUACGGUGAUACUCAUGCUUUACCCGAUACUCUCCGUCCUUGGUCUAAUGAUUUAAGUCCGAGUCCUGGAUUCAACAUCGAUGAUAUCUCUGCUUCUCUGUCCAUCGCACAUUUAUCAACAAGCUCGUUCUUGCUUCCAUGGGCUCUGGUAUUGUUCUGA